GUAAAAUGUAAACAUCUUAAACUGCUGAAACACCCUAUUAUCAGCAAUGAAGUGACCACAGACAAAUCCUGUUUGAUACAAAAAUAUAAGCAUUACAGCAGCUUUGACAAUUUGAACAUUGAGAAGCAGAUGACUGGGAGCAAGAACAGUAAUGAAAAACUAGUUGGAGGAUCUCAUAAUAGAGGCUGUCUGGUCCUGAACUACUUGUUUAUGGAAAGCAAGACACUUCUUCUUGUAUGUCUUCGAUGCAAAGUUCGGCAGUUAGAGAGAAACAUAUGGUCUCAAAGAGGUAGAGAUCGUGGAGAAGAUGACGAAAGCAAGAAUUUCCACUCUCUCCAACUGAACAUAUUGCAACUGUCUUUCAAUAAUGGGCAAUUGGAAGUUUUGAGUAGGUUGUGGUGA